AUGGCGGCCAUGGACCUUUUGCUUGGGCCUAUCCUGUUAGGUACCAUUGUCAACAUUUGGCUCUAUGGGAUCAUGGUUACGCAAACGACAAUGUACUAUGUAGCAUUUCCCAGAGACCAUCGGUGGAUUAAGACUCUGGUUGGCUACAUGUUCGUUGUGGAUACACUGAACAGCAUAUUCGACAUAGGCCUAGUUUGGAAAUAUACGAUUACCCUGUUUGGUGAUCAUGACGGAAUCCUUGUUUCAUCAUGGUGGUUCAACGUUGCCCUGGAUGGGAUGGGCAUUGCCCUUUCAGCAUUCAUUCAAUUUGCUGCUGGUCUGAGUUCCACUAUUGGCGCGUUUAUUGUCCAAGAUUUCGCCCGAUUCCAGGAAUUGAAAGCAGCCGUGAUCACUUGGUUAGGUCUCUCGGCACUCACCGACGUUGUCAUCACUUGCAUUCUCAGCUGGUACUUGCAUACCCAUCGUACCGGCUUUUCGAAAACAGAUGAUAUUAUCACUCGAUUGGUCCGCUUGACGGUACAAACCGGAUUAAUCACAACACUGUGGGCCACCACCGAUCUGAUCCUGUACUUGGGCUGGUCGCAUAAUCUCCAUUUGUUUUUCCAACUUCCAUUAUGCAAGCUGUACACGAAUUCGCUAAUGUCGACCCUGAACUCUCGUGCCGGAUGGGGUGGAAGCUUCACUUCAUCCACCACAGGAAAUGUGGAUCCUAUGUCCAGGUCGGGUGGUGGAGGUAAUGGGCAACCCACUGGUCGUAAAGCUCCUGCAGUUUGGCGUCCUGAUCAGGCCAAGUCUAACCAGACAACAGCAAUCCAAGUUAUGACUACAGCAACUGUACAUCGCGAUGACGGAUUCGAGUUAGAAGAAUAUGGCUUUGAUACGAAAAGGGUCCACCCCGAAGACAUCGAAGCGUUUGGGGCUCAGUCAAAAGUGCAAUUACCAGGUGCACCAUCUGGCACUGCGAUCUCCGACGAGACUUCAAUGCAUUCAAGAGGAUCAUUUGAAGCAAAAUAG